AAAACAAUCAUCAAUGAGGCCGCGAUCGAGGGGAUGGAAUUAUCUUGGUGGAGACUUUCGGCAUGGCGUUGAAACCGACGUUGGUUGGAGCCUGCAUAGGUGCAGCUGUAACUGGUGGUGUGGCCUGGUUGUGGUCCUGGGUAUUUCGGCGGACUCCUUCGACAGAUGGCGAGGUAGAGGACCGAGUUCUAUUCUUCCCUGCUGUUGGACAGGCACCAUGCCAGUCAGUCUUGAGAGCCACUCAAUGUCGCCGGCUUAACUGCACACACGGCCAUUCACCCGACCAUCCACUGGCCGUUCUCCUGGAUGCGCUGAGGGAAACGCAGCACACACUGGACAUUGCCAUCUACACGUUCUCCUACAUGUUCAUAAAGGAAGAAGUCCUGGCUGCACAGCGCCGUGGCGCUCACGUGCGUGUACUGGUGGACUUGGAGCAGGUCAGCGCCGGUGGCUGUGCAGUCGCGGAGCUAUUCAAAGCAGGCAUACUGGUUCGCCAGGGUCCGGAGGACUUCUACCUUCACCAUAAGUUUGCUAUCAUUGAUGGCAAAACACUGGUCAAUGGCUCACUGAACUGGUCACGUGCGGGUGUAAUGGGCAACCAUGAAAAUGUCCUCAUCUCAAGCCGCCCUCAUCUUGUAAAUGCCUUUCAAGAGGAGUUUGAUCGCAUGUGGGAGAUGUUUGAUCCCAGCAAGAGGUAGGAGGCUUGACUGAAGUUGACUGAAUUCGAGAUUUCUUGCAGGUGGCUUGACUGAAGUUGACUGAAUUAGAGAUUUCUUGCAGACAUGCGUGCACCUGUGUGGACAAAGCUUACUGGCAACCGAUUGGGUCCAGGAUGCUAGGUAUUUGAUUGUAUACCUUGGAGCAUCUCCUUUCUGCAAGCUACCACCUUUCCCUGGGCAUAGCCUUGGAUCUUGCCUUGUGUUCCCCGUGGUACCAGGACAAAGGAGCAUAUAGUACACUCUGUCAGUCCAUUUCUGCGAACGCCCGCUUUGUGGAGAGGCUGAACAUGCUCGCCGCUGGUCAAUUGUGCCGAUAUGGGCAAUGCUGUGCGUAUUGCAGGGGCUUGAUCAGAGUAAUGAGUGACAGUGUCAAUGGUCUUUGUUGAGAGUCAUGGUGCUCUUCAUCGAAAAGCUGACGACCAUUGCCUUCCACGCACCUCUCUUGGCCACUAAAACAACUUUACUGGGAGCAAGUCUUUCUCAAGCUACCACCACUACCAUCACAGCUUGCCACUUUGAGACAAAUUUAAACUGGAUCUAUUUAUUUUGAAGAUGCCCACAACUCUAUUUAUCUUCAUUUCCAAUUUGAUCUUCCUCCCUUUGACUUUAAAUUCCCAAAAAUUGUGUUCUUAUAUGACUAUUAAAACACAUCUCAUCGGAUAAAAAAUAUAAUGCUUUCCGGUGCGCACAUCAAUUUUGCCUAAAUAGUUCUUUUGCCAUGUUACUCACAUGGCCCGCGUGGCAGCUAUUGCACCAAGCAACGCAUCAGCAGAGAGCUAUGACAAUCGGUGAAUGCGUACUAAAGGACGAUGCUUGGACCCUCAUGUUACAACUAUGUCCAUAUCAGUAGAUCAAAGAAAGCACUGCUUGCUGCAAGUCAACGUUAUGGAUUUUCUUUUUCUAUUUUAUAACUUUUAUCGACCAGCGGGUAUACCUACUCCCACCUUUUUUUUCACAGCUUUACCUUGUGUUUUCAACCGGACCAAAUAGCUAGUCUUUUGCGGCCUGUGGCAGUGAUCAGUCUGUGGACUAUUGUGUUGCACUGCUAACGGUGCUUGCCGCUGCCUCGCUCCCCCACCAUGACUGAUCAUUCUCUCUGACUGAUCAUUCUCUCAUUUUGUGUGAGAUCAGAUUUUACGAUGUUACCAGCUCA